GCUGCAAACCCAAAAAGGCCAAAGCUUUGAGUGAUAGGGUGACAAAAUGAGAAGCCUAACGCUCUCUGAGAGCGUGUUGGGUGUACAUUCACCAUUUCCUAAGCCACCCAGCAAGCCAUUGUGUUCUUCUUGCUAUUUGCAGUCCUUCAAAUUUCGGUCUAAGAAGUCCUGUCAUCAAAAGAUUCAAAACCCAAGUGUUGUUUCACCCAGGUAUUCAAGUAUGUGGCUUGCAAACAAAUAUGACGAAUGGCUCCGUCGCCUAACUACUGAUAAUUUAGAGGGCAUUGAGCUCCGCAGGGUGAUCAGAGAACCAAUUGAUGCCAUUGAUGAUUCUGUUGCGUUAGAUAAAGCACCUGUUUCCAUUCAUUUGUGGAAAGCUAUACUGCUGUCUGGGUUGCUUACGCUCCAAGGCUCUGAGCCAGCACUUGCUCUUCCUGAUCUUGCUAGUGUGUUGCAGUCAGUUCCGGUUCUGGGGGACCUUGGCGAUAUUAGCACAGGUUUUGCUUCAGCCUUCUUGCUGAUUUUUUUCUCAGAACUAGGGGACAAGACCUUCUUUAUUGCAGCUCUUUUAGCAGCUAGGAAUUCUGCUGCUGUUGUUUUUGCUGGGACCUUCAGUGCACUUGCGGCAAUGACAGUCAUAUCUGUUGGUCUUGGGAGAACUUUUCACUACGUUGAUGAAAUCCUACCAUUCAGGUUUGGCGAGACUGAUUUACCCAUUGAUGAUAUUGCUGCAGUUCUACUCUUGGUUUAUUUUGGGAUUUCAACCUUGCGAGAUGCCGCCUCAAGUGAUGGUUUGAAAGCAGAAGAUGAACAGAGGGAGGCAGAGAUAGCUGUUUCAGAAUUUACAGGAAAUGGUGCUGGAAUACUAGCUGCUGCUAGCACAGUCAUUAGCACUUUCGCUUUAGUUUUUGUUGCUGAAUGGGGAGACAAAUCAUUUUUUUCUACAAUAGCACUUGCUGCUGCGUCUUCACCCCUUGGAGUCAUUGCAGGAGCACUAGCUGGUCACGGUGCUGCAACUUUGCUUGCUGUGCUGGGAGGUUCUAUACUGGGAACAUUUUUAUCAGAGAAGACUAUUGCCUACGUCGGAGGUGUUCUUUUCCUCGUCUUUGCUGCUGUGACAGUAAUAGAAAUAGUAAGUUGAGUUAUUACCAGGAAGAAGGUUCCCACAUUCUCUCUAAUCCAUCGGAAACGAGUAGUGCAUUUCUGUGAAUUUGUAAAUUUGACCAAAACUGCUAUGAUCGAACUCGUAGGCUGUUGAUUGCAAAUUUGCAUG